CUCAUCCCUUCACUCAUUUGUCUAAAUGAGACAAAAACCACCCCUCUCACCUCACCACCUCCAUCCACUCGUAGCAACACCCAAGGAUAGCAAAAAGGAGCUCUGAAAUUCAUCAUUUUCACACCCAAAUUCGAGCUCAAGAUAGAGGAUCCAAAGAGGAGUGUUUGGAGAAGGAAAAAGGUGUAGGAAAGUGUGGAAAUUGAGGAACUUGAUUUAAAGUAUUUUUGAGCUUCGCCGGAGUUUCGUCGGAGUUGGUCAAAGUUCGCCGGAGUUGGUCAAAGUUCGCCGGAGUUGGUCAAAGUUCGCCGAAAUUAGUCAAAGUUCAAUCGAGAAGCGUAGAACGCGCUUAAGCUUAAUUAAGUUUCAGGUAGAACUUGAAGGUUGCUACUACCAGCCACUGUUUCGGGAAGUUUCUGAGAAGAAGACUUGGUUCGUGCUUCUUCCGUUCUUGUUUUGAAAACAAUAUGAAUAAUGCUCAUGGAUAUUAUUUUCUGAAUAUACAUUUCAUGGGUUUGUAUACCCAUGUUUGCCAAGUGUGGCUUGAACACUUGUAAUGUUGUUUCCGCUGUUUUAAAGAAUAAUUCACAUUAUGUUUGUUUAUGGAUGUGCUACGUGUGAAUGAUAUUCCAGACGCCUUGUAUAGUAUGAAUGUGUUGAACUGCGGUUGACAAAUCGUACUGUACGGCGGAUUGUUGACGUGUCUGGUAGGUCCGGGGCGUGACAUUCACCCCCUUAUAAAGGGAACCCUCUUUGAAGGAGUUGAGAUUCCUGUGGGGAAAGGCUCUCUUCGCGGGGGGAGGGGGGUGCCGAUCAAAUAUUGAAAAAAGAGAUAAAAAACCGCGACUUGCGUGCGCGAGCGACUUGAGGACACGAAUGUCGUCCAAAAAAUCUAUCAUUCAAAGAUAUGAUUUAAUUUUUGUUUCUUCCCGUAACGUUCCUAAUUUUUUCCAAACUGGCAGAACUACUCCCUUUCUGUCCGGACCAGAAGAGGGUCUCACUAGAACCGCUCCACUUAUGUUCGCAAAAGAAGGGCACAAGGUAUUCUGUCCGUGCCAGAAGACCUUAGAGGAAUUCUAUUGGCUUCCGGACCAUAAUAUCUAAGCGCAGUUCUCAGCCCUUACGAAAGUUAAUACCCAACGUUCUUGUCUUUUAAUGCUUCUUUAAAUGGAUAGAUUUUCGACAUAUUAAUGUCCAACGUGCUGGAUAUUUAUGUGCAACGUUCAGGUCCAUUAAAGCUCGAUUAACACACCACAAAUCCUCCUAUAAAUAGCUGGCAGGUGCUUUGCAACAAACCCACGUUCACAGACAAUCUGCACGUAGUUUUUAGCUCUAAAAACACUUCCAUCUACUCUGAAAAAUUCCUAAGUGUUCUAGCUUGUUCCCGUUCUCCGUAACUUUUGUUUGUGUGCUCAAACGUUAGUUUGUUAGCCACCGUAUCCUGUGAAACGGUCGUUGCAACGCUCCUAACACCGUGAGAGGCGACGAAUACGUUUUAAGGACAUCGUGCGUAUCACGAGCUCUGGCUAAUUUCCGUCCCAUCUUAUUUUCUGGUUUUUUUCUUUGGCUAUUUUAAUUAAUUAAUUAAUUUUAUUAAUUAAUAUUUCUACAUUUUUUCGAGACACGCCCAACAAUCUUAAAACGUAUUUUGCUAAGGUUGUAUCAUACAGAUACAAUCUUAAAUCGUAGUUUGUCACUUUGGUGAACGAACUUAUUUUUUGUGUUUUCGGAAAACGUAAGAAAACGUUAAAAAUAGCUUCUCAAGAAAUUCAGAAUGUUGGUGGGCAGAACGUGCCAAACAAUAAUCACUCUAAAAGUGGAGCUCCGGUGAACAAUAGUUCACAACGCGGAGCAUCUGCUUUGGGCAACCAAGGAGCAAUCCCUAUGCUUACCGUGCCGAGCAAUUCUGUGGAGAAACAAGAAAAAUUCAAUGGGUUAAACUUCAAGAGGUGGCAACAAAAGAUGCUCUUCUAUCUCACUACUCUCGGUCUUGCUAGGUUCUUGACCGAAGACGCGCCGGUAGUAACCGGGGGUGAGGUGGAUGCACAAUCUUUCAACGCGGUUGAAGCUUGGAAGCAUUCUGACUUCCUUUGCCGAAACUACGUGUUGAACGGGCUGCAUGAUGCUUUGUACGACGUUUAUAGCAAAUUAGCUACGACUAAGGAGCUAUGGAAUGCUUUGGACCACAAAUGUAAGAGUGCGGAUGCCGGUGCAAAGAAAUUUGUUGUCGGCCGAUUCCUUGAUUUUAAAAUGGUGGAUUCGAAGACGGUCUUGAGUCAAGUUGAAGAAAUGCAAAUGAUCUUCAACGAAAUUCGAGAUGAAGGAAUGACAGUUAGUGAGUCUUUCCAAGUGGCGUUAAUAAAUGGAUAAUUGAUGUCGGUUUGGAAGGAUUUCAAAAACGACCCUAAGCAUAAGCGAAAGGAAAUGAACUUGGAGCAAUUGAUCCCCCGUCUUCGGAUUGGAGAGGAUAACCGGAAGAACGAUGGGAAACUCCCAAUCGUUAACGGCGCCAAGGCAAAUGUGGUGGAGCAUGCAAAGGGCUCCAAAACAAAAAAUAAUGGGAAGAGCAAGCUUGGUCCCAAGGGAGGCAUUUCCAAGACAAAGUUCAAUGGAAAAUGUUUCAACUGCAAUAAAAACGGACACAAGUCUGCGGAUUGCAAGGCGCCCAAGAAGAAGAGGGACUCUCAAGUCAACUUGGUGCAAGGUGGGCAAAAGGAUGAAGACAUCAUCCUUGUGGCCGUGGUGACCGAGGUCAACCUCGUUGGAUCUAAUUCCAAGGAGUGGUUCGUGGAUACCGGUGCCACCCGGUAUAUUUGCUCAAAUCAGGAGUUAUUCACAACUUUUGAUCCAUCAAAUGGUGAGAAGGUGUGGAUGACAAACUCAUCUCAUUCCGCGGUGGAAGGCGUGGGCAAGGUGGUCCUGAAGAUGACUUCAGGCAAGGACCUGACUCUCAACCAAGUUUUGUUCGUUACGGAAAUACGCAAAAACUUGAUUUCCGGUUCGUUGUUGAACAAAUUGAACAUGGCUUCCGCGUGGUUUUUGAGUCGGACAAACUGGUUUUGUCUAAGUCGGGAAUGUAUGUGAGCAAGGGGUAUGCAGUUGAUGGGUUGUUUAAACUCAAUGUAAUGACUAUUAUUAUUAAUAAUAAUAAAAUACCUUCUACUUACUUGUUUGAGUCUUCCAAUGUGUGGCAUGGUAGACUAGGACAUGUUAAUUUUAAUUCUAUACUGAUGGGGUUAUGGGACCAGGCCCAGAGCCUAAUCGGCCCAGGCCCCGAACUUGGACCAGCGGGCCUAAGCCCAGCAACCUAGAGUCGGCCCAACUAAUCAGGGCAAUCAAGGAGCGGAAGCCCAAGAAAGCCUGUCGACCAGCCCAGCGGGGAGCCUGCCUUCCAGCCCAGUGGGGAGCCUGCGAUCCAGCCCAACUGGGAGCCUGCGGUCCAGCCCAUGUGGGAGCCUGCCUCCAGCCCAACAGGGAGCCUGCCUUCCAGCCUACCCGGGAGCCUGCCUUCCAGCCUACCCGGGAGCCUGCCUUCCAGUCUACCCGGGAGCCUGCCUCCAGCCCGGUCAGAAGCCUUCCUCCAGCCUAGCGGGAAGCCCACCGUCUAGUCCAGCAGGAGGGAGCUCAAGCGUCCAGCCUGCCAGCCAGGCUGACCCGCCAGCCAGGAAGAGUAACGGCCAACAAUCCAUGCGCG